AUGUGGUCAAAGAAGAUGCAACUUGAGAAAGGGGAUAGUCUAGCUGCGGGGUAUAUAUCGGAGCUGUGUGACUUCACUUGCAUCAAUGUGACACAGAAUGAGUUCCAAGAAUUGAGGAAUAUAUGGGCCAGUUGGGAUGAUGAGACUAAGCGUCUGUUCUAUCAAAAUUUCGGCUACCUACCCUACCUGCUCGACAUCAAGGUAGACAAACAUUUGUUCCGGGCUAUGGCUCAGUUUUGGAACCCCGCAUACAGUUGCUUCACAUUCGAGAAUGUGGACUUCGUACCUACUGUGGAGGAGUAUACAACUUUGCUUCAUUGUCCAAAGGUUCAAGUCGAUAGAGCUUAUUCUAAGGCCGCUAAUGCCCUACCUUUUGUAAAGAAAUUAAUGAGUAUCACUGGAAUGAGUGAACAUUGGGUUACAGCCCGAAUUCAGCAGAAAGGUGAUGGUAAAUACAUUCCAUGGGUGAGUUUGAGGGACUUGAUUGUAGCACAUCUGGACAUGAAGAAGAAAGUUGACGUCUUCGCCUUGAGUAUCUAUGGUUUGGUGGUUUUCCCCAAAGUUUUAAGGCAUAUAGAUGAAGCGAUUACAGAUUUAUUUGAUCGACUUGACAAAAGAGUCACACCAGUACCCAAGGCGGAUAGAGUUUCUUAUCGGGUUCUUUUUGAGAAUUACUCCCUGUUAAAAGAAAUAAUAGCCGCGCCCAAGAAAGAUGACAUAUUAGAGGAGAAUUGGAUCAUACUCCUUCGAAAUCUCCAAGAGGAUGAUGUUGAAUGGAGAGCUCUUUGGUUGGUUCCUUUGCCUGGAAUUUGGGGAGCCGUUGGAUAUGCCUCUUUACUUAUUUUAAGACAGUACAGAUCAAGACAAUUUAUACCAACGACAUAUGAACUAGCCCAGAGUGAGUUCUCGUAUAGGGAGAAUAAUUUUAAGAAGAAGGCUCGAGAGAUUUCUGAUGCUUGGAAACAGAUAUGCCAGAUGAAGAAAUUGGCUGUAGGAUUAAUGACGACUCCUGAAUACAAUGGGUGGUUGAGUAAAAGGAUCAACGAUAAUGUCCCUGGGCCGAAUUUAAAGGGUAUUCAAUCGAUGGAAGAAUACUUGCAAGUAAUCCCCUCCGAGUUAGAAAUCAUCAAACAAAACUUCAAAAAGCGAAAUUCAGAGUUAGGGAAGAAGAUAAAGUAA